AUGACGCGCUUCGCCUCCUUCGCCACCAGCAUAGGCCAACCCGGUUUCUUCGCAUACUUCAAUCUCAGUACAACGGGCCCCGGCGCCUCCUACACCAACUCCAUCAUCGGCGCCGUAAACGCUCUCUUCUUCUUUGGCGCCUGCCUGGGCGGUCUCUUCAGCGGCCCUACCGCACAAAGAAUCGGUCGGAAAUGGUCGCUCUUCGGCGCAGCACUCAUUUCCAUCGUCGGCGGCGCCUUGACAGCAGGUAGCGUGCACGUCGCCAUGUUAAUCGUAGUGAGAAUACUGCAAGGGAGCGGGCUAGGCGCUCUAGCAACGCUCGUUCCUAUCUACCUGAGUGAAGCAUCCACGCCAUCGAAACGAGGGAUGUUAACCGGCCUCCAUGGAUUCUUCUUGGUGUCUGGGUACAAUAUAUCAGCCUGGGUCGGCUUCGGCUGCUUCUUCUCGUCCAACUUGACCUUUGGCUGGCGGGGCCCGUUGGCUUUCACAUGCAUCCCCCCGUUGAUCCUGCUCAUCGGCUGUUUCUGGAUCCCCGAGUCCCCCCGCUGGCUCAUCACGCAGGGUCGGCACGAAGAAGCCUGGGCCAUCCUAUCGCGGCUGCACAACGACCCCGCUGACAUCGACGACGUCGCCGCACACGAGGAGUUCUACCAGAUGAAGAAGCAGAUUGAGUUCGAGGCCCAGAACGCCAGCGGGUACAUGGCUAUCUUUCGCACGCCGUCGUAUCGGAAGAGAGCGUUUUUGAGCUGCUUCGUGCAGUAUGCUGCGAAUGCGACGGGGGGGCUGGUCAUAAACUACUACUCUGUCAUCAUCUACGGGAAUCUGGGGUUGACGGGGUAUCUGCCGUUGCUGAUGUACUGCAUCUACACGCUGAUCGGCGCGCUGGGGAAUUUGUUUUCCUUAUUGACCAUCGACAAGACGGGUCGACGCUUUGCUCUCCUAACAGGCUUCACCGGCUGCCUCCUCUGCGUCGCCAUCGAAGCCGCCAUGGUCGGCGCCUACGUCGACACGCCCAGCCCAUCCCUCGCUGGCCAAAAAGUCGCCAUCGUAGCCAUCAUGAUGUUCGUCUUCUUCUACGGCCUCUUCAUCGACGCCGCGUCCUUCAUCUACAGCGCCGAGAUCCUCCCCACCAACAUCCGCUCCUCGGGCGUCGCCCUCGCUACCACAACCUACUUCAUCGCGUGCAUCACCUUCGUCACCCCCGGCGCGACUGCCAUCGCGUCCAUCGGCUAUCGGUAUUUCAUCAUCUUCGCGUGCUUGACGCUGGUGUCUGUGGUGGUUAUCUACUUUAUGUAUCCUGAGACGAAGGGCAAGAGUUUGGAGGAGCUGGCGGAGCUGUUUGGCGAGAGGGUAGUGGUGCGGUUGACGGAUGCGAGUGAGGAGGAGAGGAGGGAGAUGGAUGGAGAGAUUAAGAGGGAGAUGGUGGCUGAGCAUAAGGAGAAGGUGUAG